AUAUACCCAUAACUAUUUAAGUAAACAUCUUAUUUACGAUUUUUGACUCAAGAGAAAAUUCCUGGCUUUGGGAUCCUUUGCCUGCUGUGUGCAAAAUGCUGAUGUACAGUCUGCUACUGCUGAGCCUCACACUAACCUUCACAGGAUACUCUGCUGCCUGCAAUGCCCCCCUUAAUCAGAAAAAGCUGAAUAUUCUGAAUAUGCUUGCCUGUUGGACUGAUGACAGAACAAACAAUCAAAAUGACUUCAGCAUCUACAGAUAUCAGAGCUGCAAGGAAAUCCUAAGGCAUGACAAUAAUGCUAAAGAUGGAAUUUAUACCCUGACAACUAAGGAUAGAGUAUCCUACCAGACAUUCUGUGAUAUGACAACGGAUGGUGGUGGCUGGACUCUGGUGGCCAGUAUUCAUGAGAAUAACCUACUUGGAAAGUGCACUGUUGGAGAUCGCUGGUCCAGCCAGGGAGGCAACAAUGAAAACAAUCCAGAAGGAGAUGGUAACUGGGCCAACUAUGCCACAUUUGGUACACCGGAUGGAGCUACCAGUGAUGACUACAAGAAUCCUGGCUAUUAUGAUAUCUCCUCUAGUGACCUGGGCUUAUGGCAUGUACCAAACAAGACUCCACUAUCGCAAUGGAAAACCUCUUCUAUUUUACGAUAUCGUACACAGAAUGGCUUUCUAUCUACCAAUGGAGGGAAUCUCUUCGGUCUGUACACGAAAUUUCCAGUAAAAUAUAAUACUGGAGGAUGUCCUAAAAAUAAUGGACCGGCUGAGCCAGUGGUGUAUGAUUUUGGUGACCCUGAGAAAACGGCUCAAUACUACACACCAAAUAUAAAAAAUGCUGCCACCCCUGGAUUUGUUCAGUUCCGAGUGUUUAAUAAUGAGAAAGCGGCUAUAGCCCUUUGUGCUGGCAUAAAAACUAUCGGCUGUGAUACAGAACAUUACUGUAUUGGAGGAGGGGGUUACUUCCCGGAGGCCAGUCCUAGACAGUGUGGAGACUUUACAGCUCUGGAUUGGGGUGGUUACGGAACACACACCGGAUGGAGUGCCAGUAAAAAACUUGUAGAAUCUGCCGUGCUUCUCUAUUACCGCUAACAUUAUUUAAUAUUCGUCGCAGUGUUGUAUCGUGUUU